GAUUACUGGAAAGCAGAUGGGAUGGUACUACCAGAGAAAAUACCCCUGCUGACUCCUCAUUUUCUGCUGCAGGGGGUUAAAAGGGACACGUUAUCCCAAAUCCCCAACAGACCAAAGGAAAUAUCAAUAACAAACAGCAGCCUGUGGGUGUAUUUGGCGAUGGAGAGCCCAAACUUUACGCACGCUGCUUCCAUAAACGAGACGCUGGUUCAGCAGUCGAAAGUACCCAGGGUCGAGACAGCGAUGGCUUUACCGAUAUUUAUGUUUGCUGGAGGCGCCAUUGGGAAUUUAAUUGCAAUAAUCGUCCUCUCAGUAUCGAGACAGGAGAGGAAAUCUUCAGCCUUCUACACGCUGGUGUGCGGUCUGGCGGUGACGGACCUGCUGGGCACCUGCCUGGCUAGUCCGCUCACCAUAGCCAACUACCUGGACCAGAAUGUGCUGAAGGACCAUCACGUGUGCGAGUUUCACGCCUUUUUGUUGCUGUUUUUCGGGUUAACAGGACUGAGCAUCAUAUGCGCAAUGGCAGCGGAGCGGUACCUGGCUAUAUGCUGCCCGUACACCUACCAGCGCUGGGGGGUGGACCGACGCUUUGCGCAGAAGUUCCUUCUCUUCAUUUACAUCAGUCACAUCCUCUUCUGCUGCCUCCCGAUGAUGGGCAUGGCCAGGAGCGAGCUGCAGUCGUCCGGCACCUGGUGCUUCAUCGACUGGAGGACACACGAGCCCGUGGCCAACGCGUACUCCGUCCUGUACGGCACCAUCAGCCUGCUGCUCAUCCUGGGAACCAUCAUGCUGAAUCUGGCGGUGUGCGGCGCGCUGCUGCUGAUGCGGCAGAGGACCGUGCAGCGGCCCGUCACCAGAGCCAGCGUCCGGGAGAGGUGGAGGGCUCUGUCCUCGGCUGCAGAGACGCAGAUGAUCGCGGUGCUGGUGAUGACCUCCGCGGUGGUUCUGGCUUGUUCAGCCCCGCUGGUGGUCCGUGUGUUUGCAAACAGGUUCAUGCUGAAUAAUGACCGCAAAGCUGACCUGGCUGCUAUCCGGAUAGCAUCUGUCAACCCCAUCCUCGACCCCUGGAUCUACAUCCUCCUCAGGAGGUCUCUGUUUCGGCGGUUACUGAGUUUAUCCAGGCGAGGCGGCAGCACUCGCAGUAACAGUAGUUCACCUCCUACACCACAAAUGAAUCUGUUUUAUCCUGAACUCAUGAGGGACAAUCACGUGCUCACCCAGCUCAUGUGCAACACAAACAUCAUGACUCAACUGCCUGCCACCAUCAAAUUUACUGCGUAUGACACAGAGAGUGUCCGCCAGACUUAAAACAGACUGAAGACGAGUUUGGUGUCUAUGAAUGUUUGCUGCUCUCUGAAGCACCAAGCAGCUCAAUGAAGGGAGGUUGUCUCAGAGCUGUUGUUGGCAGGACUGUGACGAGUGUGUGGGCCCACAGCUGGACAAUCACAGGAGGACCCUCUGAGCUCCUGCAGGAUUAUUUAUUAAAUAAAAGUGGACGGCUGCUCUGCAUCUAGUAUGUAGGAGUCUCCGGCAGAGACACAGGACAGAUGAGAAAAAAGAACUUGGGUGUUGUUGCCGAAAUGCAACAAUAAGAGACGGCAGAGCCUUUAUUUUGUGUCUUUCACUGUCUCCCAAUCUGGCUGCUUCUUUACCAUCACGCCCAUAUAAAGUUCCUCAUCCUCUCCUUUCUCACAUCACGUCACCCGCAGCUCCUCCCUCCACCAGUCAGUCAUUCAGUCAGUUCAUGUGAAUUAAGCUACAGCAAUAGUACACAGCUCCUUCAGAUAGCUCAUUUCAUCUUGGAAGAUCCAGGGUCACAAGUAAUUAUUUCCUUUAACAGAAAUAAAAGUGCCUGAACAUCAGAAGAGUCGCUGGGUGAGGACGCAUCACAACUAUUUGUCUGAGAUGUUUUUUUCAUGGUGUAUACUGGUGGGUUUCAGGCCCCCCAUCCUCCCUCUGUUACAGCCAUGCCCAUGGAAAACCUCUCAGAAGUUUGCAUCAGGAGAGACAUUUAAAACACUGAUAUGAGCUCAAUGAAGCACUGACUACUGAUUCAUGUUUGUAUUAAAGAUCCUAGUUUGAG